AUUGCCAAUUUUUUAGCUUCGAAUCCGUCGAAAAUCGAUUUUUUAACAAAAAAUUACAAUUUUCUGUACUCUUCGAACCGUCGUCCCGAGUCCAAUGGACAAAAUUCCCUUAGUUCAUGCUCCGCAGUAAAAAAAUCAUGAAAUUAACGUAACUCGAUCUUCCUUCACCCGGUACUGAGAAUUUUGUCAUUUCUCAAACUCCCAAUUCGGCCUUUUUCAUCCUCACAAUCGCAGUUUGAUGGACGACAUAGAAUUCAUAUGUCAUCGUCGAUCCAAUUGGUUUUUUUUCAUCGACCGUUUUUUCUCCCGUUGCACUUCUCGACGCAUUGUAAUUGCAUUGGCCUUCUACUUUUUUCCUCUUCUCAGCAAAAAAGCUCAAUUUAUCAGCAAUAUUGUUGUCCGGCCUUCGGAAUUGUUUUUCCCUGCAGUCGAUCGCUGAUUCUGGAGCGAGCGAAAGCACGAAAAAAACAUUUUGAUGAGCCAACUUUUUUCAAGUCUUUGAUAAACAAUUUUUUGUUUAAACAACAAACGAGUGAUCUCACUCGAGGGAACGUCUAAGAUGAAUCGUGACGUUCGUUCUAAUGUGCGUAUCAACAAUUCUUUCGCACUUGUAUGACAAGGUCACACAUCACACCUGACGUUUGAUUACCAGCACGUGUCUCCGUCCACACGCUCAAUUUCGUUUAAUAAAAACACGGAGAUUGUCCACUAUGUUUUUUAUUCCGACCGGAAAAUGUUAAUCGGGCCGUGCAAUGAGAUGGAAAAAAAUUAAAAAAUGAGCAUUAAAAAAUUAAUAUUGACAAAUUUUGAAAAUUCAAAAGUUAAAAUUACUAAAUUAUAAUUUACAAAUAAAACAAUUCGAAUGAAAAUAUGAAAAUUAACAAAAGAUUCAAACUAAGUUAAACAAAUUUUUUAAACUUUGAAAAUUCACAUAAAAAAAAACAUUUUGAGAAUUACAUUUUUUUCAAUCUUCACAUUGUUUCGUCUGAAUCAUGCGACCCAUCCGGUUAUUGCCACCGAAAGUCGUUUGCUUAUCGGUGGCAUCGAUCCAGUUAAAAAUAAAAUGAAAAAUAAACAUUGAAACAAACCUUGAGGGAGUUUUUUUUUAAUGAUGGAAUCGAUCUAAUCCAUUGAAUAAAGCCAUCUUUUAUUCAUCAUUCCUAAUGGGGCAUUUCUCAUUUCUUUCAUUAUGGGGGAAUAAUAAAUGCAUGCAAAUAAUCGCGGAUUCCGAUCGAUGCUGGAUAGUCAAGGCAACGGUCGGUAGCAAAAAAAGUCGAUUUUUUUCGAAGCUUUUUUUUCCAAGCAUAAUUCUUGGCGCAAAUUGCUACUUGAGCAGCCCUUGAAAUUAACAUUAGAAUAAGAGAUUUUUUCUCGAUUCGUACGAAUGAAUUUACUAAUGGAAACCAGUUUUUUACGCCUCCGUAAAAACCGGGGAGCACUCGAAGGAUUUUUAGUUUCUAUUUGCUCUUCCAAUUCCCACGUCCAGAUCCUGUCUCUGGCUUCUUCGUGACGAGGCUCUAUGCUCGAAGGCCAUUCAGGGGGGGAACCGAGGCGAGGAACAAAAAAUUCCCAAAUCGUUGCUGUGGAAAGUAAAAAUCUCAAAUUAACUUUUUUUUAUUCAAUUAUUCAAUUUACUUUUCAUCUUAUUUUUAUUGAUUCAAUUUUCUCGAGUGUGAAAAUUGAAAAAAAACAAAAUUUCACUACAACAUUUCAUUUUUUCAUAAAAUUUCAAUUUCUUCAUUCAAAAAUGACAAUUUUUUAUUUCUAUUAAUUUGAUCAGUUUUAAACAAUACACGCGAUUAAUCCCGUUGUUACUUUUAUUAAAAAAACAUUUUCGCUCCUUGUUACGAGAGAGCGAUUGUAUAAUUUCGUCGUGCACAUUUAUCUCGUUAUUUUCAAUUUCAGUACUUUUAUAACCGUCAUUAAGCACGCUCCGAUUAGUUUGUGCGUUUACGUACAAACUUGAUCGUCGAUCGAGCUCCCUCUAUAAUUAAAACCGAUCUUGCAUGGCUUGUAAAUAGCAUCGUGCGAUCCCUACUUAUUUGUCAAAUUGAAAAACGAGCUUUAAGGGGGUUUCCCCUAGCGAGUACCUUUUCGUUCGUUUUCCAAACCCCUGCUCAGAUUUUCGUCGAUCUUUGAGCAACAACAAAAAUCACUUAGUGAUGAAAGCUCCUUAAAUUUUUUUUUUUUAAUAAAAAAUUUUAAAAAAUUAAAAAAAAAUUAAAAUAAUGAAAAUUCACCAAUUUUUCAUCCUUUUAGUAGCGCAAUUGUUUCGCUGCACCAACGCGUCGUCAGAUUUUCCGCUCUGAUUAUUUUCACCCAUUUCAUACGCCGGCCGACGACGGUCGGUAGGAAAAAUAACAGGCGCCCGAACCAAAGACCCGGAACCCACGAUAAAAAAAAAAGUAAAAAAAAUAAAAAAUAAAAAAUAAAAAAAAAUGGUACCGAUACGCGGUGAAGUUUUAGUCGCGUGCCCGAGGGUCGGCAGUCCAUUGUCCGUCGGCUGGCUCUAUCUCGUCGGUGAGUUUUUAAUCGGCGCAUCAAUAACGGGUGCGUUGGCCCUCCUGGGUAUCCUCAAAUCGUUUUUGCCAAAGCCCCCGAGAGACUUGAGCGGCGAGGUAGUUUUGGUGACAGGCGUGACCUCGACGCUGGGGACUUGCAUAGCUGACGAAUUCGCUCGCAACGGUUGCACUAUCGUUUGUGUCGAUGUUGAGGAGGAAAAAUUGGAAGAAAUAAAGCAGGAGUUGGCCUCGAAGUACCCGAGGAUAAUGGAGCUCGGUCCAAAGGAUGGAAGAAAAAAUGAGGCAACGAGAAAUCGUAAGAUCCGAGCUCGCAGCUUCGCUUGCGACAUUUGGGAUCGAAAGGCCUUAAAAGAGGUCGCGAGGAAGGUCGACAGCGAGGUGGGCCCCGUCGACGUUCUCGUCACUUGCGCCGGCCACUCCGGCCAAGACAUUUUUGACACGGUCAAUGGCACGCUCAUGAGCCAUUACUGGACAGUUUUAGCCUUCUUGCCACUCAUGCUCAGACGGAAAAAAGCCCACGUUAUCGGGGUCACGCCAACCUCGUCACCGGAGGACGCUUACGCUGGCUCGAGAGCUGCCGUUUCGGGGCUGAUGGAGAGUUUGGGUCAAGAAUUUGGCAGCCAGAGGAGCAGCCUGAGUUUUUUGACGGUGGCGCCAAAAGCUGAUCAGAGGCUCCUGCGCCAGAGCGAGCAACAGGUUGCCAGGGAGGUUGUCGAGGCUGUGAGAAGGGACCGGUGCACGUUGCAUGCGAGUUGGUUGUCGACGAUUCUCUAUCGAAUGAGCUGUGCCAUUCAUUCAGCGAUUUGCACGAUCACCCACUGGCUGUACAGUCCAGGCUGCGACGAUCCGCACUGAAAAAAUUUGAUUGAGAAGAAAGGAGACUCUUUUAAAAGAAAAACUGUAAAUAUUGUCGACACGAGCGAACAUAAAUUUUUUAAUUUACUUUAAA